AUGGGUUCAGCCCGCAAACAUGAUCGAGCUCGCGGAAAGGAUAAGAGCAACAGGACGCAGGCAUUGACACAACCAACUCCCUCUGCAACAAAAAUAUGUGGGUGUCCGGUUCCGGAUCCAAUUCGUUGCUUUAUAGAUUGCGGUUGCUAUGAUAACGUUGUUAAAGGAACACCACUACCGAUCGGGGAUGAUGGAGUGAGAAUGGAAUGCUCGAACGAUAAUUGCCCUUUCACUGAUGUUUUACUUCAUCAAAGAUGUUUCGAGGCGUUCGAAGAACAUCUGCUCAAAGUUAUAGGUGGUCUAGGAUCAGCGAAAGGAUGGACUCCAACGAUGAGACGUAACAACCUUUGGGUUCAAAAAGGUCAAUCCCUUAUCGCUAAAGCAUGUCGAUGCCGUUGUGGACUUGGAAUUACAAAAUUGGACAAACUUGCCGCUGAUGAUCGAUUAAAACGCGAAAAGGCUGAAGCUCAGCGUGAAGCUGCGUUAGCUGCUGGAUUACCCGCUCCUCCACUUAAGAAAAAGCGUAAGUCAAAGAAUGCUCUGCCAACCCUAAACUUUGGAGUUGUGAAAGCUGCACCCAAACCACUAGUUGAAGAACGAGAAUCACGUACAUUAUCCCGAUGCCAUAGCGCGAAAUAUCGAGACGUUUCCACGUCGUCAUUGUCUUCCACUCCUACCAGUUAUCAGGCGUUCGAGUCACGGAGGGAAUCCUUCACUUAUGCGUCAGACGUCUGGGGAUUGCUACCAACGUUUUCAUCGGGAAACGAAACUCAGUCAGUCAAUUCUACCCAUUUUGCUGAUCAUGAUGACACCACGACCACAAGCUCAAGGACAGAUCUCACGCAGGAGGGCUCGAAUGCUGCUGAGCUUGUUUCUUCUCCCCUCCCACCGCGGCAAACAAUGUCCUACGCCUCGGCCAUGAAGGACAUCACAAGUGCUCUCAAUGACUGCAUGGUGAAGACAACACCAUCAUUACCAUUAAGCAGCGCUGAAGGUGAACCGUUUCCCGAUAUUUGCUCGAGCUCUGACUGCUGUUUUUCGACGGAACGUUUAAGGAAAUCAUCUACUAUAGGUGACGAUGAUGCUCCUGUUGGACAGUGGCAUCUUUUCAACGGCAGAAGUUUUUCACUAGGUGAAAGCAUUAUUGCUCACCAUUUCCUACCGGUAUGGAGUCGUAACGUGCAGUAA